CCAGCCGCACACACACUCUGGUGUAGUUUCAACUCGAAUUUGAGUUUUAACAAUUUCAGAGAACACGGUUUUGUUUUUCAUGUACUUCCUAUUAUACACGACACAAAAGAAGACACAGACAAUAUGAUUUACAUUUUAAGCAAAUGUAAAACAGAAUAAAACUAAGCAUUUGUCUGCUUAAGACGAGCCAUUUCGCACUGUAAUCAAUGAGCUAACAAAGGAAAGUUCAAGAGGAGGGACUGUGAAGAAAAGAGAGGAAACCACCCUGACACACUGCAAAACCUUUACGCAGACAGACAUGUCACUGUAGAAGUCACUUCACACAUGAUGCACGGUAGUUCAUCAUUCCCCAGGGAGAAUAGUCGCUGAAUUCUGGUUUUUCGACCAACUUCAGAAAUGAUCCGAAUCAACAACACCCAAUAUUUCCACUUCCUGAAGCAGGCAGACGCUUUCCGUCGCUCCGGGUCAUUCUGCGAUGCCAUCAUCUCAGUGAAGAGUCACACGUUCAAGGCCCAUCGCUUAGUAUUGGCCUGUGCUAGUAGAAGACUGGCACAGCAGCUAUCCCAAGGUGACAUAGACAGUCCAUCCCAGUGUUCUCUGGAGUAUUUCUCCCCACGCACCUUCCAGCAGGUCCUGGACUUCACCUACACCCAGGCACUGGAGGUGUCUGUGGAAGACCUGUACCUGCUGCUGAGAGCUGCUCAGUUGCUAGAGAUGCAGCCACUGGAGGACCAGUGCCGAAAACAACUGGACACCCUCAACCUCCGAGCCAGGAAGGAGUGCAAAACAGAAGAAGUCAAAGAUGUCAAAGAGGAAAAGGAAAGUGCAAAGGAAAUGAGUCAAAAGAAAGAAGGAGAUCUAGAUGAAAAAAUCCAAGACGUUAGCAACAGCAUUGUUGUUGAAGAUCCUUCGUCUCCUGGUUCUGCAAAGAACCACAACAGUUCCCCGUCCCCAAAAAAGAAGCCCAGACAGUCCCGUUUGUCAUCAUCGUCAUCACACACCAGUGACAGAGUUGUCAGCAACACUUCUUCUGUCCCUCCUCCCUGGACGUUCUCUACAAAUAUGUGGAACUCUGUGAGCACCCUGCGACAAAUAGCAGAAAACUAUUCAAACUUCUUUGGAGUACACCCUCUACCAUCACCACACCAGUCGUCAGUAGCAUACCCCUUCUCCUUCUCCACGUCCCAUAUGUUACCUUUACUAAGCACCCAUUAUCAAAGCCAAUUACAUAACUCUGUAAUGGGCUACUCGGGCUCUUACCCACAUUAUACACAGAACCGUUACACUGGAGCAACAGGAAUGGGCAGCAUAAUAAAGCAAGGCCUGCUAAGAAGAAAAAAAAACUGCCAGAAAACAUUUGGCGGGGUUGUACAGAGUGUUGAACAGAGUUACCAACAAGUGCCCAAAACCAGCGCAGAGAGAGGUAAAGACUGCCAACACUGCAACCCAAGUGUCACUGGUGACCCAGAGCACUGGGCCUCCACACCAUCAGUCUGUGCAGGGUGUCGCUUACCGAGAAGAGGAGAUGUGAUGCAGCAUGAACCACAGUCCAAACAGCAAGAUCACAAUGGAGAUAAACCUUAUCAAUGCCAACAUUGCCCCAAGAAGUUCAGCCUGAAACAUCAGCUUGACACACACCACCGAGUUCACACUGGGGAAAAACCUUUCGAGUGUCGUAUCUGUGGUCAGCGCUCACGAGACUACUCAGCCAUGAUCAAGCACCUGCGAACUCAUGGUGGCGCCGCACCCUACCAGUGCACGGUGUGCCUGGAGUUCUGCAGCAGCCUGGUCGCCAUGCAGAGACACGUCAAGAGCCACGCAGUGCAGGACUUCCCCCCAGACUGGAGCAUCAACAACACCUACCUGUACACCUCCCACAUCUCAGCCACACCUUAACCAUCCAUCCAUCCAUCCCCACACCCAUCUCACAUGUGUAGCUUUAAAUCAGAGGAGACAACAGGUCCUUUAAUACCUCUCUGUUUUGGGGUCACAAUAAUGCAUGGGAAACUGUCCAGUCGUAUAUCUUAUCUGUGUUCUACACCCACUGUCACAACACACACACACGUGCAUUAUACAUGUGUAUUAAAGCCACAUCAACAGCUCCUCCUCAUGGAAUGACGCAGGCACAUUCCCUCUUACUUUCAUAAUUAUUGGACCAGUUGUGUAAACUGUUUCCAAAAUCUGGCCUUAGUGUAUAGCACCCUCAUGAGGACAUGAGUGAAACAGGAAAAGGUAGGAGCUGAGACGUCACAUUUACUGCCAGAGGAAGUUUCUCUUACUACUUGAUGGAAUGCAAUCUUCAAUCAAACUUCAGUUCAUCCUUUAAAAUCGAGGGUUUAUUCGAAAUAAGUAGAAGUUUUGAUCAGCAUUAGUGCAGCCAGGAGUCUUGUCAAUGUAGUAAUGUAGCUCCUGCACGUGCUGUGCUUGUGGCAUCUCGAACAGUGUUUGUAUAUCAGUCUCUGUAUAAUGACAAAAAAUUGUUCUGGGUGUCAACUUGAGCCGUACUCGCUCCUCCACCCAUCUCCACUCCAGUGGCUCAAUUCAUUCCACUCACUCUUCAUCAAGUCUGACAGCAACACUUACAAAUUGUGAGGCCCCUCUCUUAGACCAACACCAAGGGCUAUUGCUUUCAUAUUGUUUUAUUUUUAUUGUUAGUUUUGUAAACUGAUGUUGACCAUUUCAUGGAUUAUUGAUGUUAAAAUAAGUUACAGUCAUUGUUCGGGGCAUAUUUGGCUGUAACUCUGGGUUUUAUUUAAUUUUAUUCUGCAUUGUCACUCUCUGACACACUGCUUUCUUCAAGUCUGUACAACAUUAUUUCAAUCAAUAUAAGUUUGAAAGUAAAUAAAUGAUCUCCUGUUGAGUCCUCAAUGAAAGGAUUGUUUGUCCAGUUUCCUGGCUGUGGUGACCUUGAGUUACCACUGUAUUUCCUGCUGUGACAUGUCUUUAUAUGUAAGUCCACUGAUGUUAAUUCCUUAUACAUGAAUAAAUGAAUGAAUAACUUUAA